AUGAGCGAACUCCGCUCUACUUUGGGCGAAAGAAUUCGUUUGAAUGUUGGCGGUGUCAUUUUCGAAACUUCCGUCUCGACUCUCUCCAAGUUCCAGCCAUCUUUCUUGUCAACCAUAAUUGAGCAACGAUGGAAAGGAGAACAACAGGAAAUCUUUAUUGAUCGAGAUCCAACACAUUUUCCGAAGGUUCUGAACUUUUUACGGGAUGGAAUAGAGUUUCAGCCGCCCAAAGAUCCAGACUCGCUGGAGGAACUACGUCGAGAAGCUCAGUUCUAUGGUUUAACCCAACUCCAAACACUUUGUACUACAAGUGAAUUGAUGGUUGGAGAUAUAAUUCAAUGGAAACAUGAAGCCAUUCCCCUCUAUUGGCGCCCAUUCAUACGCUAUCUCGUUGACGAUUCUUUAUCACUCCCUUUCAUAUUUGACAGGAAUAAUCAUACAUUAGCUCGUUGCAUAGCAUGCGAGGAAUAUCAGGACCCCAAGUGUUCAUAUCUGUUUGACAUCAACUAUCUCGAUUGGGAACCUAUGAAGCACCACAUGACAGUCAUGAAAGGUGAAAUCACUCAGUUGAUGGGAAAUCACUGUUGUAUCAUCGAAUGGGAGAAUGGUCAAUCUAUCCAUAUACCCAAGUCUGCACUCCGAAAAGUGAUAUAA